GCGGGGCUCAGCACCAGGCUCUGCACUCCCCGUGUGUGAAGGGAGUACAGACACACACACACACACACACACACACACACACACACACGUGCGCUCUCCUCGAACUCCUGGAGCAGAGAUGUUCAGGGCCGCUCUCGUCUGCGCUCUGCUGCUGCUGUCGGCGGCCGCCGUGGAUUUGGGAGGCUCUCCGUCCGGCUUCUACCCGCGCUUCAAUCCCUUCUUCUUCUUGUGCACCCACCACGGUGAGAUGGAGGGCCCCGGGGCCGAGGGAGGAGGAGAGGUGCUGCUCACCUUCCAGAUCCACGGGAGCCCCAGCGCAUACGUGCCGGGACAGGAGUACCAGGUGACGAUCUCCACCAGUACUUACUUCGAUGGGCUGCUGGUCACCGGUCUCUACACCUCCACUUCUGUCCAGUCGUCUCCCAUCCCUGCGUCUCCAGCCUUUGGCUUCGGGGUGAUGUCAGACAGGCAGUUCGGGACUCAGUUUGUGUGCAGUGUGGUGGCGUCUCACGUCAGUCACCUGCCCUCCACCAGCCUCAGCUUCAUCUGGAUCGCUCCUCCACCUGGCACCGGCUGCGUCAACUUCAUGGCCACAGCGACGCACCGAGGACAGAUCAUCUUCAAGGACGCUCUGGCGCAGCAGCUCUGUGAGCAGGGAGCUCCCACUGAAUCUCCUCUUCGGCCCAGUCUAGCUGUGGUUCAUGGUGAUCAUGCUGUUCUCCGGGAUGACUUUGAACACAAUUCACAAGAAGAGCUUAAUCUCAAUAUCUGGUCAGACUGCAGUAACUGUGAGGUUGGAGAGCAGUGUGGUGCGCUGAUGCAUGGAAAAGCAGUGAUGUUUUGUGAGCCCUUUGGACAGAGAGAACUGACGACAGUGGCUCUGAACACGAGCACCGCAUCAGUCCUGCAGUUUGCCUUUGGAUCUGGUUCUUGUCGGUUCAGUUACUCGGACCCCAGUAUCAUCAUCUCCUGUGGUCUGAACUCCUCUGAUGACUGGAUCACCUUGGAAAAGAUCAGGGCUCCCACUAACAGCAGCACAGUGGUCCAUCUCCUGCCAUUGCCUCCGGGCUGUAAAGGGGAGGCCAUUCAUCUGCGCUGGAUUCAGGAGCCACCCGUGGGGCCCGAUGGUUAUGAGUCCUGCUGGGGCCUCGAUAACAUACUGGUGCUGAACACGGCCAACCGGCCCCCGCUGCUGGAGGACAGCCUGGACCCUCUGGACACGGCCAACUGGCUCUUCUUCCCUGGAGCCACAGUAAAGCACGCUUGUCAGUCAGAGGGAAACUCCUUGUACUUUCAUGGCGGAGAGGGAUUCGAGCACAGCUUCGCCUCCACACGAGACGUGGACCUGCACCGUGAAGAGGGACGCAGCUACUGGGAGGAAGACUUUGAGAGUCCACUGAGUGGAUGGGAGGUUGAUGGAGCGGUGAAUGGAGUUCAGUGUGGAGAGGUGGAGUCUGAAUCUGCACUCGUCUUUCUCAAAGAUGGACAGAGGAAGGUGUGCACACCUUACCUCAAUACCACCGCCUACGGAAACCUGCGCUUCCACUUCACCAUGGGGGGUGGAGACUGCGAUCCUGGAGAAUCCAACAAGAAUAAUGUGGUCCUGUUUGGUCAUUCAGAGGGCAGGAAAGAUCAUGUGCUUCUGGACAUACUUCCGUACUCAGCCUACAGGAAUCCUUCAGUCGUCUCGGUUGGUUUGCCCACAGAACUUCAGACUCCAGCCACUCAGUUUUGUCUAGAGCAGAAGUUUCAUGGUGGAGCGAACCGUCACAUUUGGGCUGUGGACUUCCUGCAGCUGCUGCCGGUGCUGCCUGGAGCAAACACUCACCUGGUUCAGUUCUCAAUCAACCUCGGGUGUGGAGCCUACCAGCCGGCCAACAGUGUCAAACUGGAGUUCUCAACCAAUCAUGGUCGCUCCUGGUCUCUCCUGCACACAGAGUGUCUUCCUGAACUGUGUGCCGGAUCACAUCUGCCUCACAGCAGCAUCUACUCCUCAGAGAACUACAGCGGUUGGACGAGGAUCACGAUUCCUCUGCCCAACUCCGCGCUCACAGACAGCACUCGCUUCCGCUGGAGACAGACCGCUGUGGGAAGCAGCAACAUGUGGGCGAUUGACAAUGUGUAUAUCGGUCCGUCCUGUUUGCGUUUCUGCUCCGGUAGAGGACACUGUUCACGCACGGGCUGCAAGUGUGACCAUGGUUUCAGCGGUCCGGCGUGUGAGCUGGCAUCUCAGACCUUCCCUGCGUUUCUGUCCGAGAGUUUCUCCAGCGUGAGGCUGUCGUCCUAUCACAGCUUCUCCUCACUGCGGGGGGCAGAGGUCAGCUUCGCCUGUGGGGUUUUGGCCAGCGGAAAAGCCCUGGUCUUCAACAGGGACAGUAGAAGACACAUUGUUACGACCCCCCUGGACAGUUCACAAGCCAGGUAUCUUCAGUUCACGCUGAGGCUGGGCAGUCGCAGCACGUCGAGCUCCUGUCCCGCUCCAGACCAGCCGGGUGAAGGAGUGCUGCUGCAUUACUCCUCAGAUAACGGCAUCACCUGGACGCUGCUGCAGCAUUACGCUUAUCAGGGCUUCCAUGAGCCCAGGAUCGUUUCUGUGGAGCUUCCUCCUGGGGCCCGUAAAUUCGGGGUCCAGUUCCGCUGGUGGCAGCCGUACCAUUCGGGCCACGGGCAGGACGUCUGGGCUCUGGAUGAGAUCAGCAUGACCUCCAUCCUCUUCAACAUCAUCAGCCUGGACUUCAGUAACGUGUUAGACGUGACUCAGAGCCUGGGCUUCUAUCUGGGGAACGUGCAGCCGUACUGCCAACACGACUGGACCCUCAGUUUUUCAGGCGAUCACGGUUCGUCCUCCAGUAUCCGCUAUGUGGAAACACAAUCCAUGCAGAUCGGCGCGUCCUACAUGAUCCAGUUCUCGCUGGUCAUGGGCUGCGGACGCGACCCUUCUCCUCACAUCGACACUCAGGUCCGGCUGGAGUUCUCCACCAAUCACGGCUUGACUUGGCAUCUCGUCAAAGAGGCCUGUCUCCCCGGUAUGCCGAGCUGCUCUGAGUUCACUGCGUCCAGCGUCUACCAUCCGUCUGAGUUCACAGACUGGAGACGCAUCACGCUUCCACUGCCGUACAAAACCUGGUCGAGUGCGACACGCUUCCGAUGGAUCCAGAAUCACUAUCAGGAGCAGGACGAGUGGGCUCUGGAUGACGUUUACAUUGGGCAGCAGUGUCCUCAGAUGUGCCGUGGACACGGAUGGUGCGACCACGGUCACUGCAGAUUGAUUCUUACGGUGGAUGAUCAGUGUGUGCUGAACGCGCUGAACAUCGGCUGUGAGUCGGUCUUCAGUGCGUCUGCACCCGUGCUGCUCCAGUACUCUCAUGACGCGGGCCGCACAUGGGCUCUGGUGCGGGAGGGCUGUUACCCAGCAUCCCCUGGGGCCGCGAGCUGCGAGGGCAGCAGACGUGAACUCAGAGAGCCCACUGUGUACCACACGGGAGACUACGAGCGCUGGACCAGAGUCACCGUCGUAUUGCCACGGAUCGUAGCCGCCAGCAAGACGCGCUUCCGCUGGUUCCAGGAGACCAGUGUCUAUCGGGACGCCCCUGCGUUUGCGCUGGAUGGCGUCUACAUCUCUGAGCCCUGUCCCAAUCACUGAGGCGGUCACGGAGACUGCAUCUCAGGCGUCUGCUUCUGCGAUAUGGGAUACACAGUGGAGGUGGACCAGUCCAGCUGUGUCCCGUCUGCUCCGAGUCCCACUGAACUGGUGGAGGAUUUCGAGGGGAAGCUGAGCCCGCUGUGGCAGAGCCUGAGCGGAGGACAGAUCGGUGACGGCUGCGGGAGCAUCAGCGAAGGGAAUGCUCUGUACUUCAGCAGCCUGGGCAGACGAGAGGCUCGCACCACGCCGCUGGACACCACCCACACCCGUUUGGUUCAGUUCUACAUUCGUAUCGGAGGGAAAAACAUGGGCUCCACCUGCACUCGUCCCCGCUCCCGAAACGAAGGUGUGAUUGUCCAGUUUUCCAUAAACAAUGGUGUUCAGUGGCAGCCCCUACGAGAGCUGGACUUUGGCUCGUUCCUGGAGCCUCAGGUGGUGACGAUCGAGCUCCCGCCCGCGGCUAAGACGCCUCACACUGUGUUCCGCUGGUGGCAGCCGCAGCAGGGUAAACACUCGGCCCAGUGGGGUCUGGAUAACGUUCUGAUCGGAAUGAAUGACAGCGCUAGGAGUGGGUUCUUCGACACGUUUGAUGGCACGUCUCCAUUGAGACACAACUGGUAUCGAGUCGUAGGUGGAGAGGUGACAGCAGACUGUCUGAGCCCAGACUCAGUGCUGAACUUCAACUCUGAGGUCAUGGACAGUGAGUUAAUCGCCAACACACCCAUAACCUCAUGUUCAUCACAAACAUUUAUAUACGCUUCAAGAAACCUCCUGCAAAGCUACAGUGCUGUUAAAAGUUGUAGGCACUUGUGUAAACUGGAGUUCUCCACAGACUGCGGGAGACACUGGACGCUCAUCACGCCCGAGUGUGUGCCUCCGGCCAUCGGCUGCUCCGGAUACAUGCAGCGGUCCGUGUUCAGCGCUCCACAGUUCCUGCAGUGGAGGAGAGUCACCGUCUACCUGCCCAGCGCUGCCAUUUCACCCAGAACACGGUUCCGCUGGAUCCAGCCUCUCUUGGCUCCUGGAGCUGAUGGCUGGGCGCUGGAUAAUGUGCUGCUGACGCCCGGCUGCCCGUGGAUGUGCUCGGGUCAUGGACUGUGUGACAACGGACACUGUCUGUGUGAGUUUGUUGCUUUGCCGUCCGUUCUGAAGGAAGAUUUCAAUGAGAACCUGAGGGCUGAUGUCUGGCCGGAGGUGUACGGCGCAGAGAGAGGCACGCUGAGCGGAGAGCCUCUGAAAUCAGGAACGGCCCUCAUCUUUAAAGGAGAGGGACUGCGCAUGCUGGUCUCAGCAGAUCUAGACUGCACAAACACCAUGUACAUCCAGUUCUCAUUCAAGUUCAUAACGAAGGGUGUACCUGAGCGCUCUCACUCCGUGCUGCUGCAGUAUUCAGUGAAUGGAGGGAUCAGCUGGCUGCUUAUAGAUGAGUUUUAUUUCCCCACUUCCACAGACACACUGUUUGUUCACAUGUCUUUGCCUCCCAGCGCACAGACCAACUCUACACGCUUCAGACUGUGGCAGCCGUACAACAGUGGGAAGAAGGAAGAGGUGUGGGUGAUUGAUGACCUGAUCAUAGACGGCAACACCAUCAAUAGCUUGCCGGUUAUAUUAGACAGCUUUGAGGGAGGACCUCAGGAGGGGAGCUGGCUGUUUUAUCCUGGAGGAAACACUGGAUUCUACUGCCCCUAUCAGAGGGCAGGACUCUGUGCUCUCAGCUCAGUGCGGUUCCGCUGGUAUCAGGGGUUUUAUUCAGGCGGCGCGGCUCCGCCCACAUGGGCCCUGGACAGCGUGUACAUCGGCCCUCAGUGCCAGAACAUGUGUAACGGCCACGGCGUGUGUGUGCGCGGCACUCACUGCAGCUGCGAUCCGGGUUACUCUGGUCCCGACUGCUCCGUUCCAGACGUGCCAAACCUGGAUUUCCUGAAGGAGGAUUUCGAAGGUGGGGUUUUGGAGUCUGAAUACUUCAAGUUGAUGAGUGGAGGAAAGCCUUCCAGAAAGUGUGGCAUCACCACCAGCGGGAACCACCUGUUCUUCAGUGAGGACGGUUUGCGAAUGCUGGAGACAUUAGAUCUGGAUUUGUCUAACGCUAGGUUUAUCCAGUUCUUCCUGAGGCUGGGCUGCGGUAAAGCGGCUCCUGACCCGCGCUCCCAGCCGGUGCUCCUGCAGUUCUCCGUGGAUGGAGGUCUGAACUGGGCUCUCCUGCAGGAGUUCCUCUACAGCAACAGCAGUAACCAGGCUCACCUGGUGGCCCUGGAGAUCCCUCUCCGAGCGCGAACCUCAGCCACACGCCUGCGCUGGUGGCAGCCGUCUGAGAACGGACACUUCCACAGCCCCUGGGUUAUUGAUAAAUUGGUUGUGGGCGGCAGUGCCAGCGGUUGGGGGCCGCUGGAGGACGACUUUUCCUCCACAAAUGGACGAUCUUGGCUGCUGCACCCCGGCGGCACGCGGAUGCCAGUGUGCGGCUCUGAUGGUGAAGCUUUCGCCUUCAUCGAGAAGUCAAACACGCGUUACGGCAUCACCACCGACAUCAGUCUGGGCCCAGAUGCCUUCAUCCAGUUUGAUUUCUCUGCCUCCUGCUCCGUCACCUCCUCCUGCUACAUGGUGGAGCUGGAGUACUCUUUGGAUCUAGGUCUCACGUGGCUGCCGCUGGUCAAGGAUUGUUUACCCACAAAUCCAGAUUGUUCUUCAUACACACUGCAGAGAUUACUGGUGUCAGAUACUUACAACAAGUGGGGCAGAGUUACAUUACCCAUACCACACUAUGCCAGGUCCACAGCCACGCGCUUCCGCUGGUUCCAGCCGGCGCCAUUUGAUAAGCAGCAGACGUGGGCUCUGGAUAACCUGUACAUCGGUGACGGCUGUCCCGAGAUGUGCUCCGGCCGCGGCCACUGCAGACAGAGCUCUUGUGUAUGUGACCCUGAGUGGGGCGGUGAGUUCUGCAAUGAGCCGUUGGUCUCUCUGCCCGCUCAGCUGAAGGACAGUUUCAGUCGAGCUCCGGCGCUCAAUCACUGGCACCUGCUGACCGGCAGCAAGAUCAGCAGCGUCUGUGGAGCCGUGGCCUCAGGAUCAGCACUGCACUUCAGCGGGAGCUGCUCUCGUCAGCUGGUGACGGUGGAUUUGAAUCUGACCAGUGCUGAAUUCAUCCAGUUCUACUUCAUGUACGGCUGUAUGAUCGCACCCAGCAACCGUAAUCAGGGCGUUCUGCUGGAGUUCAGUGUGAACGCGGGGAUCAGCUGGAAUCUGCUGACCGAGAUCUUCUACGACCAGUACAGCAAGCCUGAGUUUGUGAAUGUUCUGCUGCCCGCUGCUGCGCGAGCCGUGGGUGUCCGGAUCCGCUGGUGGCAGCCGCAGCAUGACGGGGCCGAUCGGAGCGACUGGGCUCUGGAUAAUGUGCUGAUCUCCGGCUCAGAUGCUCACGCUCAGAUCUCAGACACGUUUGGAGGAGCGGCGCUGCCCAGCCAUGAGAGAGCGCCGGCUGACAGCACACACACACGACACAGCGGCUCAUCCGUCAUCCAUGAGGAGACCAUCGUGAGCGAUCACUGGCUGUUUUCUGAAGAUUGCUCCGUGAAGCGUUUCUGCAGCUCUCCAGACGGUGUCAUGGUGUGUGGCAACACGGAUGGACAGGAAGUUUAUGCUGUUACACAUGACAUAAUUCCUGCCAAAGGCUGGGUCAUGCAGUUCAAGAUUGCAGUUGGCUGCAGUGUGCCGGAGAAGCCUGCAGAGAGACAGAUUCAUGUUCAGUACUCCGUGAACUUCGGUGUGACCUGGAAGUACCUGGUUCCUCAGUGUUUACCUGCAGAUCCUCGCUGUGCCGGACUGGUGUCGCAGCCGUCUGUGUUCUUCCCGGCCGACGGCUGGAAGCGAGCGGUUUAUCCUCUACCAGACGGUCUCGCAGACACAGCGGUGCGCUUCCGCUUCUAUCAGAGGCAUUCAGAUACGCAGUGGGCGGUGGAGAACUUCUACAUCGGACCUGCUUGUGAAAACCACUGCGGAGGUCACGGAGACUGUCUGGACCAGCACUGUCGCUGUGACCCGACAGCUGCAGGUCCAAACUGUUUGGUUACCCACAGUCUUCAGGCGUCGCUGAAGGAGCGCUUUGACUGGGACGGGGCCCGCGGGCCGCAGUGGCAGGUGCUGGAAGGCGGAUACCCCUGUACUGACUGCAGGGUGCUGGUGGAGGGAACAGCACUGUACUUCAAUGGUGCAGAGGCCAGACAGGCGGUCACUAGUGAUCUGGACCUGCGUGGGGCGAAGUUUGUGGAGUACUGGGCUAAAAUCGGCAGCGAGGAGAACGUUACUCUGUGCCAUCGUCCAACCUGUCGGAAAGAGGGUGUGUUAUUGGAUUAUUCUAUUGAUGGAGGUGUGUCUUGGACGCUGCUCCAUGAGAUGGACUAUCUGAAGUACGUGUCUGUGAGGAGAGAUUACAUCGUGCUGCCGGAGACAGCGCUGACCAACGCCACUCGUCUGCGAUGGUGGCAGCCGUUCUCGCUGCUGUCGGGCCUGGUCCGGUCGAGUGCGGAGCGCGCUCAGUGGGCUUUAGACAACAUCCUCGUGGGAGGCUCUGACAUCAACCCCAGCACCCUCCUGGACGCCUUUGAUGACGAGGGCGUCUCUCAUGAAGAGAGUUGGAGCUUCUAUCCCAAUGCUGUCCGUACGGCCGGCUUCUGUGGAAACCCGUCGUUCCACUUAUAUUGGCCCAACAAGAACCAAGACGGGUCGCACAAUAUCCUGGCGACCCGAGAACUCAUUGUUCAGCCUGGAUACAUCUUACAGUUCAAGAGCUGCACUAAUGUUCUCCUUCCUCCAGAGGGCGUCUCUCAUGAAGAGAGUUGGAGCUUCUAUCCCAAUGCUGUCCGUACGGCCGGCUUCUGUGGAAACCCGUCGUUCCACUUAUAUUGGCCCAACAAGAACCAAGACGGGUCGCACAAUAUCCUGGCGACCCGAGAACUCAUUGUUCAGCCUGGAUACAUCUUACAGUUCAAGAUUGUGGUUGGCUGUGAGGCAGACCGAUGUGAUGAUCGUCAUUCAGUGCUUGUACAGUACAGGAAGGAUGCCAGGUCAGACGUGUGGCAGUUAGUCCAGUCCGCCUGUCUCCCUUCUUCUGCCAACAACGUGGGCUGCUCACCCUUCCAGUUCCACGAGUCCACGAUCUACAGUCCUGUCAACAGUUCAGUGUGGACCAGAGUCACCAUUCAGCUGCCUGACCAUGUGUCAUCUGGUGCGACACAGUUUCGCUGGAUCCAGCACGAGGCCCCUGGCGAGCGCUACAGCUGGGCCGUGGAUCACGUGUACAUCGGGGAAGCGUGUCCUGGACUGUGCAGCGGUCACGGCUACUGUACCAGCGGACCCGUCUGCAUCUGUGACGAAGGCCAUCAGGGUGAUGACUGCUCUUUGUCCAGCAGUGAACUGCCCAGCUCUAUAAAGGAUAACUUUGAGUCUGGUUCGGUGUCUCAGGAGAGCUGGAGUUUGAUUCAGGGCGGCGGCGUGGGCAGCGGAUGCGGUCAGCUCUCUCCUCACGCUCACGGGGACUCGCUGUACUUCAACGGCUGCACGAUCAGACAAGCCAUCACUAGACCUCUGGAUCUGACCCGUGCUAGUAAGAUCAUGUUCGUGCUGCAGAUAGGCAGCGUGUCGCAAACAGACAGCUGUAACGCUGCACUGGAUCAGGCGGAUACGGUCGACCGGGCCGUGCUUCUCCAGUACAGCGUCAAUAACGGAGUUACUUGGCACGUCAUUGCUCAACACCAGCCAAAAGAUUUCAUCAAAGCCCAGAGAGUGUCCUACAACAUCCCACUUGAGGCUCGUGUCAGAGGGGUGCAGUUGCGAUGGUGGCAGCCGCGGCACGAGGGCGCAGGGCAUGAUCAGUGGGCGCUGGACCAUGUGGAAGUCAUUCUUGUCAGCACCCGUAAACAGAACUACAUGAUGAACUACUCCAGACAGACCGGUCUACACCACUACUACAGCAGGAAGAGGCGGGCCUUGCGGCAACAAACCUAAACGCUUCGAGAGAAAAACCUGCCACUCACACAUUAUUCUGCUGGCUACAAUCUGCUUUCCCUGAUGAGAAAACACCACGUCAGGUCACUUCUGUCAGCAUCUGGCCAUACUCUCUCAUCUGAACGGUACAUUGGACCAUCUAGUCCCAUUUCUAGCCAAUCAAUGCCUUCCCAGAGCAGUGUGAUGGGAAAGACAAGCACCUAAAUGUGGCGUUUUUGUAUACUUAUCUAUGAACUAUUGGGUUUCCUACUUCUGUUUAUUAUAACCUUGUUUG